CACUCCGCCGUGUCCUACAGGAGCAUAUUGUUAUACACCUGAUCGGUGUCUUUGUAAAACAGGAUGGAAAAUGAUCAUCGAUAAUGACAACAAAUUUAUGACGUGCGAGCCUGUUUGCAAAGAAGAGUGUGUUCAUGGCAAGUGCACAGAUCCUGUUGCACCUUGUACUUGUGAUGACGGUUACAAACUUGAAGGAAACAGCGCAUUUAUCUGCAGUCCAAUAUGCAAUCCCGGUUGUUCCUCACACGGCAAGUGUACUGCUCCCAACGUGUGCACUUGCAACGAAGGCUACUCAUUGAAGCCUCCAAACAUUUGCCAACCAAUCUGUAGCCAAGCUUGCGUUAGGGGCACUUGCACAGCUCCCGAAACUUGCAGCUGCAACACGGGGUACGGACUACUGGAGAACUCAAAGUAUAUCUGUGAACCAAUCUGCGAAAAGGCUUGCCUCAAUGGAAAAUGCACUGCGCCUGGGGUCUGCACGUGCAACGAAGGAUUCCGAUUAAGCGACAACGAGACAGAGAAACAUAUUUGCAAGCCUCAUUGCGAAAUAUCCUGCGGACCAUCCGGCGUGUGUAUCGCACCGGAUGUCUGCAAUUGUUUCAAAGGAUUUCAUCCUAAUAAAACGCAAAUUAUCACCAAUAGUACACAUUAUACCUGGAAUGACUGGGUUUGCAAACCGGUCUGCGAAACAAAAUGCAUCAAUGGAUACUGUAACGCUCCGGGGAUGUGCAGUUGCAAUAUUGGUUAUCAGCCAUCAGGGGGCAACGACACCAGUGUCUGCGUACCCAUCUGUAAUCAGAAUUGUGUCAAUGGCUUCUGCAGUGAACCUGAAACUUGCACAUGCAACGAAGGUUAUGGUCCUUUCAAUUCCUCGAACAUAUGCGAGCCCAUCUGCGAGACUGAUUGCAUCAAUGGACAUUGCACUGCGCCAAACGAAUGCACCUGUAACUCCGGUUAUCAACCUACGGAAGGCAAUCAUACGAGUCUCUGCGAACCCAUUUGUAAUCCAAGUUGCAAGAACGGUAUCUGCGUACAGCCUAACAAAUGCGAUUGUAAUCCGGGCUACCGUUUAUCGACAAGUCUCGAAGCAAAUACAUGCGAUCCUAUUUGUCAUCCGGCUUGCGAAACAAAUGGGAUUUGCAAGGCCCCCGAUCUCUGUGUCUGUGAGGACGGUUAUCGCAUGGUUUUUUAUGAAGAAGGAAGCGUCCCGUUCAAAUGCGAGCCAAUUUGUAGCGUCGAAUGCGGCAAUGGCGUGUGCACGGCGCCGGAUGUUUGCACAUGUUUUGACGACUAUCAAAGGGCUGAAACUGGCGGAUGCGAGCCUUUCUGCUCGAUCUGUGUCAACGGCACAUGCGUCGCACCUGAGGUCUGUGAAUGCGAUGACGGAUACAGUCUACAGGAGGAAGACUUCAAUUCGGAAGUAGAGAAAUCGAUCGUGCCUGAAAAUGGAACGAAAAACGGAAGCAAAUGCGUGCCACGUUGUGAGAGUUGCGACAAUGGUGACUGUGUGGCUCCGGGCGAGUGUAGAUGUCGUAAAGGCUUCGUGAAGUUCGAAGGUAUCUGCGUGCUCGCGUGCCCGCAUGGCUGCGAUACUCACGGCGAAUGCAUCGAUGAGCAUAGAAUUUGUGAGUGCCAUUACGGAUGGACCGGACUGCGAUGCGAUCGACCAAUCUUCUGCGUCUCAAUAUUGAAUGACGAAGGAAAUCGUACCGAACCAUUGACAAUUAUUAAGGAAUGUAACACUACGAUCGAGUAUGUAUUUAUAAAUAACCCAGUAUGUCCUGAAUGUACUAAAAAAUAUAUAAAUAAUGAAACUUUGUGCUUUGAAAUGUUCGUCAACGGCACAAAGGAUGAAAAGCAAAUUGGCUGUUUAAUGACUAAAGAAUGCCACGCAUUGAGCAGCCCAUACAAGGAUGAAGAAAAAAUUAUCAUAUUAACCAGUGGAAUCAUAGUUGGUUUUGGAAUAUUAUUUUUAGCAAUAACAAUAAUAUAUCUACUAUUACGAAAAGAUCCAGAUAGACAAAUGGAUUUAGGUAAUAUUCCAAUAAUUUACAAAGAAAAUACAUUGACUAUGCAAGGAUUAAAUGAAUCAAAUGAGACUAUAGCUUUACCCGAAUAUUACAUCGGACAGUUAGAACAUCUCGGAAAUAUGCAUAAUAGAAUGAAAGACUGUACUAAACUUUACAGUCAGAAGGUACCAGAAAUUUACAAGCGAAAUAAAAUAAGCGAAGAACCAGACACACACGAGAUAAGGUAUCACGUUCGAUGGACUAUUGAGCAUAAAUGCUGCGAAGGUUACGUUCAAUCCGAUUCGCAGACAUGUGUGCCGUAUUGUUCGCAAUCAUGCGAGAACGGAAUCUGCGAGAAGCCGAAUGUGUGCGUCUGCAACGAAGGAUAUCUCAAAUCAAUUGACGCGAACGGUAAGGAGUCCUGCAUACCGGUAUGCUCGAAUGACUGCAUCAACGGCACCUGCAUCGCUCCCGAACUUUGCAGUUGUAACGAGAACUACUGGCUGGACUCGGACGGAUUCACUUGCCGGCCGAACUGUAAUACGGAAUGUGAGAAGAAUUACGGAUACUGUGCCGAGCCGAAUGUGUGUACGUGCCGUUCCAAUUACAGGAGAAUCGGCAACGACUCCUCCCCGUUUAUGUGCGAGCCCGUUUGCGCUGUCCCGUGCAAGAACGGUCAUUGCAUGGCUCCUAACGUCUGUCAAUGCGCGAACGGCUACGAACCGGACGAAUACGAUCCAAUAUUCACCUGCAAGCCUAAAUGCGACAAGCCAUGCAAUGGCGGUACGUGUACGUCACCGGGAACGUGUACCUGCGACCGAGGCUACAAACUGGUGAAUGAAAGCUUCUGCGAACCGAUCUGCAGCGAGCCCUGUCAGAUGGGCACGUGCGUGGCACCUGAAAUUUGCAGAUGUAACGAGAAUUAUCAACUUCGUGAGAAUUCCAAAUAUGUAUGCGAAUCGAUGUGUAAAAAUAAAUGUGGCAACGGUACGUGUAUAUACGGACGUUGCUUUUGUAACCGAGAAUAUUUUUUAAAUUAUACGACUGGGACAUGUGAAUCAUACUGUCUGACGCAUUGCAAACCAAAUGGAACAUGUAACUCGGAUGAUACGUGUAGUUGUCCUGAUGGAUAUAGUACGAACUUCGAAACUUUGAAAUAUUUCCAUUUGCGCAAAUUACUGAUGAAAGAAGAAGAUAGAAAUUUUUGCGAACCGGUUUGUGACUUCAAAUGCAUCAAAGGGAAAUGCACUGCGCCAAAUGUAUGUACCUGCAAUGAUGGUUAUCUUCCAUCGUGGACCGAGCCUCAAAAUAAUUCAGACAAUCGCAUUUGUACCGAAUUUCGUCCUUGUAAUGCGCUGUCAUGUAAGGUUAACGAGAGGUGCGACAUAUCUGGCAGUUGUGUCUGCAAUCAUGGUUACGUGAAGAACGUAUUCGGUGAAGGUUGUAUACCUUCAUGCACUCCAUCAUGCAUCAAUAGCAAUUGUACAGAGCCGAAUCGUUGCACGUGCAACGAUGGGUUCACACCACGAAAUGAAAGCUUUUGCGAACCAAUUUGCAAGAGAGGUUGCCAGAACGGCGACUGCAUCAGUCCGGACCAUUGCAUUUGUCACAAAGAUUUCGUACAAAACGUCUACAAUGAUUCGGGACCAUACUGCAUUUCCCCAUGUACUCGCAAUUGCACUGAACACGGCGAAUGCGUUAUCGACCACAACCUCGAUUACAAAUGCGAGUGUCAUUUCGGAUGGACGGGAGAAGACUGCGAUCAAUCGUCCAUGUGUGUUACAAUGAUGACCUACGAUCACGGCGAUGUCAACAGAAUUACGAUCCGUAAUGAUACAAAUAACACCAUUAUGCAAAUUCUGAAAAGCGCGCCAAAUUGUUAUCAGUGUGACAGUUCUCUUAACAAAGAUACUCUGUGUUACAUGGUACAUUCUGAUAAAGACAAUACGACUUCUGUCGGAUGCUUACUUAGUACAGAAUUGCCUUGUUAUAUUGUUAUGACGCGUCAUUAUAAAGGCUCGAUUAUCUCUACCAAAAUAGUUUGGCCUUUCGUGAGUAUCGCUAUAUUGUUGAUUAUAGGUCUGACAGUAGCAGCAUUUCCAGCAAAUACGGAUGGUUCGACAGAGAGACAAAUAGCAUCAUCGAGAAAAAGAACGUGCACACGAAUGAAGGAACCGGAAACGACAGAUCUAGAGACAGUUCUCCGUCUAACUUUCGAUGAACUUCGUCUCCUGAGAGAUGAGCGCACAACGCAGCAGCAUCGACGAGCGGAUUGUCUGCAAUCCAAUCAGCAGAGAAAGCUUAUGCAGCAUUCUGAGGAGCAACAUAUAUCAGAUCAGUCAUUUCCCAAAUUUACAAAUUUGCAAAUUUUAUAUCACGAGGAUGGUCUCGGUUUUAAAUUUAAUUCCGACUCAGUGAGUACGUGGCAUGUAGAUGCUACAGAGAUACCCGAAUUUUUCUUCAAAGAUUUACCAGAAUUCAAAAAUAUAUCUUAUAGAAUGAAAGACUGUACUCAACUUUACAGUCAGAAGGUACCAGAAAUUCUGGACGAACCAGGCAUAUACCAGCGUAUAGAGUAUCGCAUUCGGUGGACUAUUAGGCAUAAAUGCUGCGAAGGUUACGUUCAAUCCGGUUCGCAGACAUGUGUGCCGCAUUGUUCGCAAUCAUGCGAGAACGGUAUCUGCGAGAAGCCGAAUGUGUGCAUCUGCAACGAAGGAUAUCGCAAAUCAAUUGACACGAACGGUAAGGAGUCCUGCAUACCGGUAUGCUCGAAUGACUGCAUCAACGGCACCUGUAUCGCUCCCGAGCUUUGCAGCUGUAACGAGAACUACUGGCUGGACUCGGACGGAUUCACUUGCCGGCCGAACUGUAAUACGGAAUGUGAGAAGAAUUACGGAUACUGUGCCGAGCCGAAUGUGUGUACGUGCCGUUCCAAUUACAGGAGAGUCGGCAACGACUCCUCCCCGUUUAUGUGCGAGCCCGUUUGCGAUCUCCCGUGCAAGAACGGUCAUUGCGUGGCUCCUAACGUCUGUCAAUGCGCGAGUGGCUAUCAUGUAGACAAAUUUGAUCCAGUAUUCACCUGCUCGCCAAUGUGCGACAAGCCAUGCAAUGGCGGAACGUGCACGUCACCGGGGACGUGUACCUGCGACCAAGGUUACAAACUAGUAAAUGGAAGCUUCUGCGAACCGAUCUGCAGCGAGCCCUGCCAGAUGGGCACGUGCGUGGCGCCUGAGAUCUGUAAAUGCAAAGAGGGUUACAAACUCCGUGAGAAUUCCAAAUAUGUAUGCGAAUCGAUGUGUAAAAAUAAAUGUGGCAACGGUACGUGUAUAUACGGACGUUGCUUUUGUGACCGAGAAUAUUUUUUAAAUUAUACGACUGGGACAUGUGAAUCAUACUGUCUGACGCAUUGCAAACCAAAUGGAACAUGUAACUCGGACGGUACGUGUAGUUGUCCUGAUGGAUAUAGUACGAACUUCGAAAACUUUGAAAUAUUUCCAUUUGCGACAAAUUACUGGUAA